UUGGUGUCCGGUCCGCCCGCUCUCUGCUUCCCACGCGAGCAGUGAAGACGGCGGAGAGGAGAAGAGGCAGCGACACACACAACUACACUUUCCGAAAGAUUCACAUUCCAGGACACACUGCUUUAUCUCGCAUUAUUUUCAUUUCAUUAUCUCCUGUUUCCAAAAUGCCUCGGAUUGAGAAUGACAUCAAGUUGGAUUUCAAGGAUGUCCUCCUCCGGCCAAAGCGAAGCACGCUUAAGUCUCGCAGUGAGGUUGACCUAUUGAGGAGCUUCACUUUCAGGAACUCCAAGGGCAACUAUAGAGGCAUCCCUAUCAUUGCUGCCAACAUGGAUACUGUGGGAACCUUUGAGAUGGCCCUGGCUUUGCACCAGUUCACUCUUUUCACCACAAUUCACAAACAUUACUCAGUGGAUGAAUGGGUGGAGUUUUCAACAAAGCAUCCUGAAUGCUUGGAGAGUAUUGCAGUCAGCACAGGGACAGGUGAAGGUGACUUUGAAAAGAUUACAGCCGUCAUAGCGGCUGUGCCUCAACUGAAGUAUAUCUGUGUAGACGUUGCAAACGGUUACUCUGAACACUUUGUGCAAUUUGUCAAAGACGUCAGGCAAAAGUUUCCUUCGCAUACUAUCGUGGCAGGAAAUGUGGUAACAGGUGAGAUGGUAGAGGAGCUGAUCCUUGCUGGCGCUGACAUCAUCAAAGUAGGCAUCGGACCAGGAUCUGUGUGCACCACCCGCAAGAAGACGGGGGUGGGUUACCCCCAGCUUAGUGCAGUGAUUGAGUGUGCAGAUGCUGCCCAUGGACUGGGUGGCCACAUCAUCUCUGAUGGCGGGUGUACUUGCCCUGGAGACGUCUCAAAGGCUUUUGGUGCUGGAGCAGACUUUGUGAUGCUGGGUGGUAUGCUGGCAGGCCACUGUGAGAGUGGAGGUGAGACCAUAGAGAAAAACGGCAAGAAAUACAAGCUCUUUUAUGGCAUGAGCUCUGACACUGCGAUGAAGAAGCAUGCAGGUGGUGUGGCUGACUACAGAGCCUCAGAGGGGAAGACGGUGGAAGUUCCUUACAAAGGUCCUGUGGACAACACAAUACGAGACAUCCUAGGUGGGGUCCGCUCCACCUGCACCUAUGUUGGUGCGGGAAAGCUAAAGGAGCUGAGCCGCAGGACCACCUUCAUCAGAGUCACUCAGCAGCUCAACAAUGUCUUUGGCAGUAGCUAAAUGUCUGCUUUUUGCAUCAGAUGGAAGGAUAAAGUCUGCACCACUGUAUGCACAAAUGAAGAAACACACACAUUAUUACUUAAAUACUGACUGAUUUCAGUGCUAUUUUAGUAUAUCAAGCACAUAUCCGGUAUCAUAGACCCUGUUCAGGCAUGUUAUUAUAGGUAUAGGUCUAAAUGCAGUUCUUCAUUUAUUUGUAGCCACUCCCACAAUAUUGACACUCUUUAUUACUGAUACACUCUUAUUUCAAAUUACAACAUUGUGAGCAGAGUUGAAUUUCUCAGCUCCUCCUGAAUCUUAACUGGUUUCAAGGUAUACCACUGUAUUAAGAAGUCGAGUGAUCAAAAACCCCAGAAUUUUCUGUCAUACCAUGCCGUAGUUAUGAGCUGUUUUAAUGACUCCUCAAAAACAGAGUGCAGGUAGCACUCAUACAGUCCCUCGCCUGCUCUGUACUGCUCACAUGCAAACAAACAUGUUGACACAGGACAGACACAUAUUUACGGUCAGAACCAGUUUUGUUUGUUCUCACAGAGACAUGACGUCAGUGUUUAUUUGAAUACAAUGCAAGUUAAACUCAAUCCAGUCCCAUGUGAUCACAGGAGACAAAUCCAGGAAGUGUGUUACGCUGCCCAUGUAUGAUUGGAUCACUCAGGAUAGAUGUUUGUACCAGGUCUGAACAGGGCAGUUGUCUCUAUGCAGUAAGAUAUAUAAGUUGGGGUAGUAUCUCUUAAGCUUUUUGCAUGUCUGCAGUCUCAUCAUUCCAAUGCCACAUCCUUACAAAUUCUUCAUACACAUACAGUAUGCAAAGCUGUGUAAUGAGAUUGUAUUGACAGCCUUCGUCACCAAAAAUGAAAUGAUAGUAAAUUAUGUCAAAAGCCUUCUUAUUUAUGUGACUGCUGGUUACUUGAAAAGUGAGCCAUUUUUUAAAAAAUGUAAACAUUCCAUUUUGUUGCACUUUAAUGAUUUGAGAGUCGUAAGUUUCUCUUAUUGUUAUGAGUAUCAUAUGUCCCCUUCGGCAUGUACUACUGAAUAUGCAUCUACAUUAGUUAGAUUUGUAUAAAUUGGUAUAUGAAUUUGCUGUAAAUUCAGUCUGACUUCAGUAAAAGGACACAAAAUUCAUAAUAUACAGAUUUUCCAUUCUUUGGUUUUAGCUGCUCUUGAUCAAUACCAAUGUUUUUUAGUGACGCAUACCUUUAAAUAGGUUUGAGAUGAAUAGCUUUUAAAUAAGCAGUCAUUCCUCUAGAGUUUUUCACUGCCAGUUACGGUGUUACUUCAGUGUCUGUUGUCACUCAAUUUCAAUAUGUUCUUCCGUCAUCUUUGGUUUUGUUUGUUUUGUGUUUGUAUUUAUAUGUUGCCAAAACUUCCACCUCUUUACCUUUUUAUUUAGUCAAUAAAAGCAUUCCACAGGUUAAAAUUU